AGUAAGUUGACGAAUCAAAGUGAGCACAGAGCCGUGAAGGAGAAUUCACGUUAUAUAAUUUUACAGCAUGCAGUCACUGAAGUGUCAGCUCCUAAAGCAGACGCUGUGUCGUUUGUGUGUCAGUUUCGGAAGCAGGGUGCUUCUGAGAGGCAUGAAUGACUUUGCAGUUCUUAACACAGGGCGCAAGAUGCCCCUCAUUGGACUGGGAACAUGGAAGAGUGAGCCUGGAAAGGUGAAACAAGCAGUUAUUUGGGCACUGGAAGCUGGGUAUCGCCACAUUGACUGUGCAUCCAUCUAUGGCAAUGAGGCUGAGAUUGGAGAAGCCCUGCAGGAAAAGCUCGGACCCGAAAAGUCCCUAAGAAGAGAGGAUGUGUUCAUCACAUCCAAGCUGUGGAACAGCAAGCACCAUCCAGAUGAUGUCGAGCCAGCCCUCCUGAAGACCCUGAAGGACUUGAAACUUGAAUACCUGGACCUCUACCUCAUCCACUGGCCUUACGCCUUUCAACGAGGAGACGUUACUUUCCCCAGAAAGGAGGAUGGCACCUUGCUAUAUGAUGACACAGACUACAAGCUGACCUGGUCUGCCAUGGAGAAACUGGUGGGAAAGGGUCUUGUCCGAGCCAUUGGCUUGUCCAACUUCAACAGCAGGCAGAUUGAUGACAUCCUGUCGGUCGCCAGUGUCAAACCAACUGUCCUUCAGGUAGAGUGCCACCCCUAUCUGGCCCAGGUAGAACUGCUGGCCCACUGUCGGGAUCGGGGCCUGGUGAUGACGGCCUACAGUCCACUGGGGUCUGCCGAUCGAGCCUGGAAACAUCCGAACGAACCCAUCCUGCUGGAGGAGCCUGUGAUCUCUUCCCUUGCAGAGAAAUAUAAAAAGUCUCCAGCUCAGAUUCUCCUGAGGUGGCAGACACAACGUGGAGUCGUAACAAUCCCUAAGAGUGUGACCGAGUCCCGCAUCAAAGAAAACAUACAGGUGUUCGACUUUACCCUUGAAGCAGAAGAAAUGAAAAGUAUCGCAGCACUGACCAGAGGCUGGCGCUACAUCGUACCAAUGAUCGAAGUGGAAGGAAAGCGUGUUCCCAGGGAUGCCGGACAUCCCUUCUACCCUUUCAAUGACCCAUAUUGACAACUCACACUACAGCCUGAAUUUGUGCCUUCAACAACCCCAUCAACACACCUUCCCACAUCACAUCAUAAAUGUUCCUGGGUCCUGCCAUCGAAGUUUGUCUUUAGAUUUUGUUCAAUUCUGCACUUGCCGUUAGAGUAAUUCAAGUUAAUAUUGGUGGUUGAGAUUGAAAAACUGGUAACUGUAAAAACACCCUACAUUAUGUGUUAAUUUUUUAAUAAACAUUUUGUUACUUCC